AGGCCCAGAGGAAGCUGAUGCCAGAGACAGUAGUACCAGGGACCGUGCCUACAAAGUCCCCCACCGCCAUGCAGCUGACCAGGGAACUACUGAAAGAGAAGGGCAUCGCUGGGCUGUACAAGGGCCUAGGGGCCACACUGCUCAGGGAUGUUCCAUUCUCCAUCAUCUACUUCCCUUUGUUUGCCAACCUGAACACCCUGGGAAGAGAGGAGCCGGAGGGCCCCGCCCCGUUCUAUGUGUCAUUCCUGGGCUGUCUGGCUGGCAGCACGGCCGCUGUGGCUGUCAACCCUGUAGAUGUGAUUAAGACCAGAAUCCAGUCUAUGAACAGGGGGAGUACAGAGGAAACGUACAGUGGGGUGACUGAUUGUAUCAGUAAAAUCAUGAAGAACGAGGGUCCCUCAGCGUUCCUGAAGGGGGCGUACUGCCGUGCCCUGGUCAUCGCACCCUUAUUUGGUAUCGCCCAGGUGGUCUACUUCUUCGGCGCGGGAGAAUACAUCCUCAGCUUCCUGCCUGGCAACUAAGUGACAAGAACAUCAACCAUUCAGAUCUCUGCCUUUCCCUCCUCCCUUACAAAAUCACAACUACAUCAUGCACGGACCACACACCGCUAGGAUCCAGUCACCGCUAGGAUCCAGUCUCCUCUAGGAUCCCCGCUAGGAUCCAGUCCCCGCUAGGAUCCAGUCCCCGCUAGGAUCCAGUCCCCGCUAGGAUCCAGUCACCUCUAGGAUCCAGUCCCCGC